AUUCCAUUCACGCGUUUCAGUGCGUUUGCGUUUUCAAUUGCUACAGGGAGGAGCGAUUGCCAUGUACUGCAAACGCAUAAUGCUAACUCAACUUUGCCAAUGGAGACAACCGUGUACAUUUCAGUGUGAUUAAUUUUUGACGCUAACGCAACCGCUAACACGUGAAUAGAAUCCUAGCUUUAGGAUUCCAGGAAUACCAAUUGUAUGCAGCUCCUUGAGGUCCCCCAAGCAUAGCCCUCUAGCGGCAGAGUUUGCACCUUAGCAGUGAGCUCAGGUAAAUACUGGUCCAGGUGGCAACACGACGCACCGCGCGUUGCUUGUGUUUCAAGAAAGCAUAUGAAGGGAACCUGUAUCACCUUUCACACACUUGUCUGGCUCACCUACCACCACUACUGCUGCUCUUACUAGGAGUGCGGUUGAUUACGUCACUUCCUGCCAAUAACGCCAUCAUCGGUUAGCAAGUUGCCCAUAACACUACAAGAAAAAAGCGAUCACAACUAGUACAACCAUAGUACACAAGAAGCUCCUCCGCCACCACCACCAUGAAGGAGUGCUGGUCGCCGUGGUACUACUAUGACGACAUCAAGACAGCAAGUAAGGCGUGUGCAGCCACUACCAUCUUCUUCAGCACAUUCUCCAUCAUCUACAUCAGUCACUGUCUUAGUGGUGGUGACUCCUCCCAGUUCUUCCUCCCACUGUUUGAGACAGAUGUUGACACAACCAUGAGGGGUGCGGGCGGGUUCAUGAUUGUGUUCUACCUGUUUUACAUCGUAGUCUCAGGCCUCAUGGUGAGGGGGCUUAUCUUGGAUCAUCGGGGCUUCAUCCUUCCCUGGCUCACUCAGAAUCUCAUCUACGUACUCAUGAUCAUCGCUUUUGCCCUCUGGCUGCAGGCAUCGUACUACCAUUAUCUGCUGUCUGUGUUAUGGACGUUGCUCUAUGUGCUCUUUGCUGCUGCUCAUGUAUACAUGCAGAGGUGUGUCAAGAGCCAGUAUGAUAACAUUAAGAAAUCUCAAGCACCAAACAUCGUCCAGCUAUAUUGAGCUGUUUCUCUUCAGCCGUCAUCCUCACUCGGCUACAUAACAUCCGUCCUGGUAAAGUUCCCCUGUGAAACAGCUUCACAGCAUCUACUUCCAUAUACAGUACCAUGAUAGUGAACUAUCACAACAGUUGUCCUGAAAUGCAAGUUUUUCCUUUUUCCCUAUACAGUACUGUAUAGUUAACAUAGGGAUAUGGCUGUUUAACACCUGUCUGACACACAGACACAUUCAUACAAUACAUAUUGCCUCAACACCUGAGAAACAGCUUUACAUGUCCACCUUUCAGACUUGGAUGUACUGUACCAGGUGUCCACUUAUGACUUCCAUACUGAAAUCUUAGUGCGACAUUUUUAUCUACGUACCUUAUAGGUAAGUUAAGGAAAUUGUAUUAUUUACUUAAUGCUGAUUAUGUUUUUAAUAUAUUUAUAGUACUGGAUGUUGCUUAUCAGAUUAUUACAAUCAGAAAUUUCAUGUUUUCAUCAUAGACAUCAAAUAUUUACUAUUGGAAUUGUAGAACUGAAAAUUUUAUAUAUUUUUAUGUUGUUAUUGACUUCAUAUUCUGAGUUAUGACCACAAACUUGAAGAAUCUCUUAGCUAUUGGAUGCUUUACACCCUGGUGAUAGUAAAAAUGAAUGAAUGCAUGAUUAAACUGCACCUAAAUACUGUAUAACUAUGGUACUGCAGUACAUGCAGAGAAAGAGAUAGAGUAUGAGAUGGACAUACAGAGUUGACAUAGAUAUGGCAAUGUCAACAUCAUAAGGCAAAUUCUCAAAUGAUUCAAUAUUUAAUGUAGAUUGUUUACAUUAUACCAAAAGCUACUUUAUCUUAAAUUAUUAACUUCAGUAAUACAUUUACAUAAGCUUUUAAACUUGACUAGAAAUGUAGUACGUACUAUAUUUACAAAAUUGAAAUAUCUGAAAUAUUUGCUACUAAAUAUUAGUGAUGGUAAGUUUGUCUGUCAUUAAUGUGGGUAAAUACUAUCCAGUGCUCAAACUAAUUUAUCUUCAUUAUAUUUUGUCUUAUCUAUGUAUUUAAACUUUAUCCUUGAAGCUCGACCUUUGUAACUCCUGAAGGAUCUUGUACAGCAAUCUUCAGAACUUUGCCUUCAACUGUUUUCCUCUGAAGCUUUACCUUUUUGACAAUUUCCAAACUUUUCACACUUGUACUUUACCUCUGUAGUGGUGUCUCUCUAAGACCGGUUUUAAAACUUAUUUCACGCUUCCGUCUAUUAAUGGUGGCUGUUGUGUCCCACCACUCACCAUUUUCAGUCAAAUCCAAUGUACAGUACAAUACAUACCUGUGUUUAGGUAAUGGGCAACUCAUCAGCUUAUAAUAGACAACUUUGAGUAAUGUAUAUUAUUAAACUAUAUAAAAUGUUGUUAGAUUGCCCUGGUUGUGCCAACAUUGUAAUUAUUUUUACAUUACACAUGAAAAUUUGCACUGUGUAAUGUACAGCACUGCCAAGGCACAACAUACUGUAAUUGCAAUUGAUGAUUGCAUAUUGUUAUAAUAAUGCACCUUAACUAUGUGAUACUAUUAGAGUCUAAUUAAUUUUUACUUCACAUGGAAUUACUUUGUUGUAUUUUAUACUUUUUCCAUGGUACAAUACUGUACACCUAUGUAGGAAUACUGUAGUCGGUUUUGCUAUAAGCGGUAGUUGCGUUCUUGAAAAACACUGCAUUUUAGAAAAAUUACGUUGUAGUAACCAUUGAUUUAAUGAGAAUUAAGGGGUAGUAGAUUCGAGAACACCAACAUGACUGACAUGGAACUCAGUUUCAUUUUUAUAUUAUUGUUAGUUUUUAUGUGUUUUAGUUUAAUAAUAUCAUUCAUAGUCUUAACCUGCUCGUGGUCUUUCGACACAAAUUGCAUCACUAAGUGCUCCGGUGCUGGUGCGACCCUUCCCGCUCAGCCAUAUCUCACAUAAGCACAAACGAAGGAACGGUGGACCAGCCCUAUCUACCACCUAAGUUCCUCCUACUAGCCUCAUGGACUGGCAGAUGCAUCUCUAAGGGUGUAAUUUGGGCCUGAAUCGUUUAAUAAAAUGGAUAAACCGUUCCUUUAAAGAUGCAGAACAAAUGAACACAAAGAAAAAAUAUGGGAGUGUGAUUCUCUUAACUGCUUUUAAUGAUAAAACUUUUAAAUCAAAACAUUUUUAGUCAUAAGAAGAGAAGAUAGUUGUCUGAGGCGACUGGUGGAGGAGGAACUUGAAUCAGUUUGACCACUUUAUCAAAAAACAUUUUCACACCCUUGCCAUGAUAAAGUUGAGAUACUGUACAGUACUUGUAUUAAAAUAAAGCACAGUCUGCGAUUACAGCAUCUGAUACAUAUGUAAGUUAAACAAAGACUGUAAGGGAGGUGCAGUGCCUUGUGUGAUGCAACGCCAAGGCGACCGCAUAAUUGCUUAUACCUACUUCACUGACAUAUUUCUGUUUACUUAAAUGCAUAAUAGAAAAUGUAUUCCCUUAAUACAUUCAUCACGUUACAACCAAGUUGCACUAUAAAACGUGUUGUAGGAAAACUUACUGCAUACACUACUGUAAUAGAUUCAGCUGGGCUAUGAAAAUUAAGCUUAUACAAAAUCUAUUAUGUACACGUAAUAUAAAUACAGUAGUACAGUAUUGGUGAAUACUUGUCCUUUUGUGAAGUAGUGGUAUACUUUAUUUUGUUCUUAUGGAUUAGAACAAAGCAUAUUUUACUGGAUAUAAUACUUCAUACUGUAUACAUACAAAUUGCAUAUAUAAAUUUACAGUAUAUUCAGGGUAUAUUUGUAUACACUACAUGCGGUCAUAUAACUUAAUAAAGAAGACUGCACUGCACCUCCACUUCUAUUUUGAGAGAAACUGAAGGCUUAAAAGGUUUAUAGCAUGAUUGUACUGACAAAUGCUAUAAAAAAAAAAGGAACACACCAAAGUGAUGAUUUCCGGA